AUUGAUCCAAAAAAAGGUUACUCUUUUCGCGUGGCACAUACACAAGGCUGAAGACUCCGAAACUCCCACGUGAGGUAAACAUCCUCUAAUUGCCGCAUAGCAAGACGCAAAGGAGUUGCUUGCUUCGUGCUUUUUCGAUCACUCACAACUGAAGACAUCUCAAGAGGAGAAACGAUCGUGUUUUUGCGAAGAUGGACAUGGACGUCGACGAAGCUUCUCGACCCAAAGAGGGAAAGGCCAUUUUAGUCAUUUUAGUGGGAGCACCGGGAAGUGGCAAAUCAACUUUCUGUGAAGAAGUGAUGCGUUCUUCAACUCGCCCUUGGAUUCGCGUUUGCCAGGACACCAUUGGAAAUGGUAAAGCAGGAAGUAAAGCUCAAUGCCUGAGCAGUGCAGCUAGUGCAUUGAAGGAUCAUAAGAGUGUGUUUAUUGAUAGGUGCAAUCUUGACAGAGAGCAGCGCUCCGAAUUCGUAAAGCUAGGUGAUGUGCACAAAAUAGAUGUGCAUGCAGUUGUGCUUGAUCUUCCUGCUAAACUUUGUAUUUCUCGAUCCGUUAAACGGACUGGCCAUGAAGGAAACCUUCAGGGUGGAAAAGCUGCAGCAGUUGUGAAUAGAAUGCUUCAAAAGAAAGAGCUGCCCAAAUUAAGCGAAGGCUAUAGCCGGAUAACAUUUUGUCAGAGUGAAAGUGAUGUCAAAGGUGCCAUUAAUACAUACGGCUCACUUGGGCCACUGGAUAACCUCCCACAUGGCUGCUUUGGCCAGAAAAAUCCAGAUUCAAAAGUUCAAGUUGGUAUAAUGAAGUUCCUAAAAAAGGUGCCAGCCCCUGAUGCAGCAGCAAGACCUGAUGGAAGUGGAGACACUACGUCCCAAAAUCCUGGGAAAAAUGAUUAUUUCCACAAAGAUGUAGAAAUGGCAUACCCAAUUCUAGAUAAUCCCAACUUAGAGUCAAAGGAAGGAGAAAGCCAGGGAGUGGCCUUCGAUGGUUCCCAUGCCAGUCGAGUUUCUCUGGAUGAUGCUCCCACUCUGGCAUUUCCAUCUAUUUCAACAUCUGAUUUCCAAUUCAAUUAUGAAAAGGCAGCUGAUAUUAUUGUUGAGAAGAUUGCAGAGUUUACAGCUAAGCUUGGCAAUGCUAGACUUGUGCUGGUUGAUUUGACUCAUAAAUCAAAGAUUCUUUCCUUGGUUAAAGCCAAAGCAUCUGAAAAACACAUUGACACCCAAAAGUUUCUUACCCAUGUCGGUGACAUUACUAAACUUCAUUCUACAGGAGGUUUAAACUGUAAUGUCAUAGCUAAUGCUGCCAACUGGCGGUUAAAACCUGGAGGUGGAGGUGUUAAUGCAGCCAUUUUUAAUGCUGCGGGUCCUGAACUGGAGUCUGCAACCAAAGAAAGAGCAAAAUCUCUUUCACCUGGAAAUGCUGUUGUUGUCCCUCUACCUGCAUCUUCUCCUUUGUUUGUUACAGAGGGUGUAACCCAUGUCAUACAUGUUCUUGGACCUAAUAUGAACCCUCAAAGGCCAAAUUGUCUCAACAAUGAUUAUGAAAAAGGAUGCAAAAUUCUUCAAGAUGCUUAUGCUUCCCUAUUUGAAGGCUUUGCAUCAAUUGUGAGGACCCAGGCAGGGCAAUCUAGAGAAAAAAAUGAAAACAUUGUAAAAAAGGCUUUGAAAUUGCAGGAUAAAUCUGAAUGUCAUUCCAGAAAUAAUUUGACAAAUAUUGAUCAAAAGAAUAAGAGAGAUGCUGAUCAUGGGUCUGAGAAGAGCAAAAAAUGUAAGGGAAUUCAGGAUAGUUUUGGAGUGAGCUCUAAUUCCAGAGAUGAAAGGGUAGAUUCGGAGCAUAGAAGAAAUGGUGGGAGCAUGAAUAAGGCAUGGGGAUCAUGGGCACAAGCUCUUCAUCAAAUGGCUAUGCAUCCUGAGAAACAUAAAGAUGACUUGCUUGAGAUUUCAGAGGAUGUUGUUGUUCUGAAUGAUCUCUAUCCUAAGGCAAAGAAACAUGUUCUCAUUUUGUCUCGUACCAGAGGAGUUGAUUGCCUGGAAGAUGUCCAGAAAGAACACUUUCAGUUGCUGAAGAAGAUGCAUGAUGUGGGUUUAAAGUGGGCCAGGAAGUUCCUAGAUGAGAAUGCUUCACUGGUCUUUCGCCUUGGAUAUCACUCAGCUCCGUCAAUGCAACAACUGCAUUUACAUGUUAUCAGCCAGGACUUUGAUUCAAAACAUAUGAAGAACAAGAAGCACUGGAACUCAUUCAACACUGCUUUCUUUCGCGACUCGAUAGACGUAAUGGACGAGGUCUCUAGUCAUGGGAAAGCAACACUGAAAGAUGAUGAUAAGCUGUUGUCCAUGGAGUUGAGGUGCCACAGAUGUAGAAGUGCGCAUCCAAAUGACAAGCUUUUGUUUACAUUGCUACUAUGCUAG